GCGUGGCACCGGAGAAGAGCGGGCUGAGACCCGCCGGUUCCGCUCGCCCGGGCCCUGCCGCGAGGAUCGCUCCGGGAGGGCAGGGGCGACCCUCGGCUCCCCCGCCGCAUCCUCCGACGUGCUGCUGCUCCGGGCUCUGCCUCCCCCGCGCUGGGAAGGGCGGGCCGCCGGCCGCAGGGCUCGGGGGAGGCGCCGGCAGUGCCCGGGGAGGGGUCACCUGCCCCGUCCGGAGCCGGCCGCCGGGAUGCCGCCCGCCAGCGCUGCUCGCGCUAAUUGGAUAUUCCCUGGAUGGAGGAUUUCCUCCCCUCCCGGCUGCGGGAGUCACGGAGGCAGGCUCGCUUGCGCUUGAAAGUUUGCCAAGCAGCAGCUAGGUUUAAUUUCUUUAAGGAUCUGGGGAGAAGGGAAAGGGGGCGGGGGGGGCGGGGGCUGGAAGGGGACUGUUUCCAAGCAUGGGAGACAGGCUGCCGGAGCCUCACGCCAGCUCUUCCCCUGCUGUGGCUGCCAGCUCAGAGGCGGAAGAAAUCGAGGUGCUGGACUCAGAGGAUGUCCUACCUAUGGCUGCAGAGGAUCACUGGAAAGCCCUAUUUGAUCAGAGAGAUAGCUGUUCCUGCAGGCAGGCACUAAAGGCAGAGAAAAGCAGCUGGAAUGAAGCACAAGUCAGGAAGCAGGCUGAAAUGUUUGAUCCUGACAACACCGGCUACAUCAGCACUGAGAAGUUCCGCUCCCUUCUCCAGAGGCACGGCUCAGAGCUGGACCCCCACAAACUGGAGGUCCUGCUGGCCCUGGCAGACAGCAACUCUGAGGGGAGGAUCUGCUACCAGGACUUCGUCAACCUGAUGAGCAACAAAAGGUCGAACAGCUUCCGGCAAGCCAUCCUGCAGGGGAACCGGAGGCUGUGCAGCAAGGCGCUGCUGGAGGAGACAGGGCUGAGCCUUUCUCAGAGGCUCAUCCGGCAUGUUGCAUAUGAAACCUUGCCCCGAGAGAUAGACCGCAAGUGGUACUAUGACAGCUACACCUUCUGCCCUCCACCCUGGUUCAUGAUAACCAUCACUAUUGUAGAGGUUGCCUUUUUUCUUUACAACGGAGUCGUAUUAGACAGAUUUGUGCUACAAGUCAGCCAUCCCUUAUACCUGAAGAAUGCAUUACUUUAUCAUCCUCAACUCCGUGCUCAGGCUUGGAGGUACCUAACCUACAUAUUCAUGCAUGCAGGGAUAGAACACCUUGGACUCAACGUUGUCCUCCAGCUCUUGGUUGGAGUUCCCCUGGAAAUGGUGCAUGGAGCUGCGCGAAUCAGUUUUGUGUACGUCGCUGGAGUUGUGGCAGGGUCCCUGGCAGUGUCAGUAGCUGAUAUGACUGCACCUGUGGUGGGCUCCUCUGGAGGCGUGUAUGCUCUUGUCUCAGCCCACUUGGCCAACAUAGUCAUGAACUGGUCAGGAAUGAAGUGCCAGUUCAAACUGCUGCGCAUGGCUGUUGCCUUGAUCUGUAUGAGUUUUGAAUUUGGAAGAGCCGUGUGGCUGCGAUUCCACCCCUCUGCUUACCCCCCAUGCCCACACCCCAGCUUCAUGGCUCACCUGGGAGGUGUGAUGGUUGGAAUCACCCUUGGUGUCAUCAUCCUGAGGAACUAUGAGCAGAGACUCCAAGAUCAGACUUUAUGGUGGAUCUUCCUUUCUAUUUAUGUCAUUUUUGUCUUGUUUGCCAUCUUCUGGAACAUUUUUGCCUACAGCCUGUUGGAUCUAAAGCUACCUCCCCCUCCUUGAUAACAUGGGACAGAAACUCGAGAACAGAAGUCAUCUGUCAGCUAUGUUAAGUGAAUGAAGAUGGAGGAUCUAUUUUUAUAUUUAACUUAGGGGAGGAUGAUUCUUUCAAACACAGCUGCUGCCAGGAUUUUACGUCAGUCAGAGAAAAUGUGAAUCUAUUGAACCUUACGGAUGUGCAGUGCUGGAGCAGAAGGCAAGGACUGUUACCGACAGAUGGAUUUGAACAGUGCACGUUAGAGGAAGUUAUUUUAUGCUUGUGUCCUUGAGUGAGGACACACCUGUGCUGGACUUCCCUUUUAGUAAGAAUAUUGCAGCACCGGUUCAGGAUGAGUGCAGGGAGCAGUAGUGCAGACUGGGAGAGCCGGGGUGCUGGCUGUAGAGCUCCUUCAGGGACAUCUGCCGGCAGCGCGGCACAGCACAGCACAAGACGGGGCUUGCCAAUUGCACCUUUGAUUCCUAGAUGCUUGGAGACAGGCAGAGAUUAAUUUUGCACACAUUGGUAAGGAGGAGGGGGAGGCUCGGAGUGAUGGGAAAGGAGGUUACCAGAAACCAUCUCUGAGUGAGGUGUAGAGGAGCUGUAAAAUGCUGAUGAAUUUACUUUUGAGUUUACUUGGAAUUCUUAAAACAACUCACUCUUUUCACAUCAGUCGAUGAGGAAUCUUAGCACUUACGUGGCAUACUGUGAUUCUUCACUACUUGCUCCUUUAGCAGUAGGAAGUAUUUUAUCAAUGGGAGAGGGGGAGGCCAGGGAAAUUACUGUCUGAGGUUGCUGGACUAGAAAUAAAGCACAGAGAUUCUGUAUCGCAGGACCUUGCUCCUUCUGAUGGGUUAUACUGCCUAGAUGAGAUAGUUUCAAUUUGAAUUGGGGUAUGAAGAAUGGAAUCUGACACCUUUAGAGCUGGUGCUAAAAUGACAGCUAUCUGCUGACCUCACAAGACUGCUGCUGUUUUGUGCCAAUAUUUAGUCUCACAGGAUGGUGGGUAGGACUUUCACACUCACUUCAGUGGGACUUUCACACCUACUUCAGUGGGUAAAGAGCUCAAAGUCUGUUUACAUAGAUCCAAGCUCAGCUCAAUUGCUUUGGAAACCCCACCCACUGGCUUUACCCAAAGUCAAACUGGAGGAUAUGGAUGUAGUUCAACACCGGCAACCUCUGGAGGUAAGCUGGGAUCUGGAGAGCAAAGGCCAGCACCUCUGGGGUUUCAGCCUCUUUGAAUAUUGCUGCUGUUGUGUUUCUUUUAUAGCAGUGGCUGCUCUGCAGUGCUCUGUGAUACGACUCAAAAAUUCCUUCUGCAAUCACUGAUGCUGAGAGCUGGUUAUAAAGGAAAACAGUGCAUUUUUCAGCUCUAUAAAGAAAGAAUCACACAUAAGGCAGAAACCAAGCUUGGUUAAAGGUAAAUGUAUUUUUAAUAUCACCAUUAAUCAUUGGCUUUUAAUUGGAAAAAGCUUUCUAAUGAAGUAUUUCUGAAAUGCCAGUAGUAGUACAGAAAAAUUUAUGUUUCAGGGUACUUUACACCACAGAGCACAAAAUACUCCCUAGGCCUGACUUAAGAAGCAAAAGUACCUUAAAUUUCCAGUAAGCUUAAUAGAUAGGUUAGUCACUGACUGUCUUCUGACUCCCCCACAGUGUCUGUUUAGUUUGCAAAUAAAGCUAGAUUUAUGCAGCUUUUCUUCUGCUUACACUAUAAUGCUACCAACACAGCCAAGUGUUAAACACAGAGCACUAAGCAAUGUAAUUUUCUGCCUUAAAAUACUGAAGAAAUGAUACUUUCCCGUUAAGGGCUAGUAAAACAAAAUGAUAUUUGCAAGGUAAGAGGCUAUGGUAUGUUUCCAAAUAUUUUUGUAUCGUGCACAUUCUGUAUAUUUUUGUUGUAACAAUAUUAUUUGAGCGCAGAAUCCAUUAAAUUUUUUUGCUGGUG